UGAGGAGAGCUCAGUGUUACAGACCUGUCCACUGAGGAGCGACGGAACAAGAGAGCGGAGGACAGAAGAAACACUCAACAGCAGGAGCACAAGAGAUACCUGAGAGAGACGCCAUCGCUCGAAAUUGGGAGUUGGGAAAACAUUUUUUUUUUGAGGAGAAUUCCGAGUUGAGAAAUAAAGAAGGCUGGACAGAAAAAUAGUCUUCAUAGAGAGAUUUUCAAGUAAACUUUAACCAAUCUGUAUCGAGGGGUGUCUCCAAUAUGUUCCCCCUGCUCCUGUUGUGCAUGUGCGGUCUUCUGCUGCGAGCUGAUGCACAGGACAGAGCUGCUCUGUGGAGAGGGAACGACCGAGCCGGGCGCUGUCAGUACACGUUCACUGUACCCAGCCCCGUGGAGUCCAGCUGCCCGCAGACCGGGGGCCCAGAGAUGGAGGGUCUGAAGGCCAGACUGGGCCUGCUGGAGGUGCUGGUGUCCCGUCUGACAGGAGGGGAGACUGGGGGUCCUCAGGCGGCCGGAGCCAGGGCUCAGUCUGACCUUCAGGAGGCGCUGAACCGGGCCACGGGGGAGAGGAACCUGCUGCAGGGGGAGAAGGAGCGUCUGGAGAGGGAGUUGGGGGGUCUUCAGCGCAGGAUGGAGGAGAUGAGGAGGGAGACGGAGAAGCUGAGGAGCAGACCCUGUCCUCCACAGACCCCCGUGGUGCCACCCAACCCCUCUCUGCAGAGCAGCGGCCUGAUGAGACCUGCAGGGGGCUCCAGUCAGAUGUCUCACCUGAUGACCAGGGCCAACAGACAGGGAGACAGCAGCAGCUUGAGAGACUCAGCGUGGCAGUACGGACCAAGUUUCCAGGAGCUGAAGGCCGAGGUGACCGAGGUUCCUGCUCCCGAUGGCUCUGAGGACAACACAGGUUGCGGGGAGUUGGUUUCAGUCGGUGAGCCGGUCACUCAUAGGAAAGCAGACAACAUCGCAGGCAAAUACGGUGUCUGGAUGCAGGACCCUGAGGCCGUCUCCCCUUAUGGACCCAGCAUGGUCUGGCGCAUCGACACCAUUGGCACUGAGGUCAGGCAGCUGUUUGGGUACGACGACAUGGAACAACUCUCUAAAGGCUUCCCGUCCAAGGUCCUGCUGUUGCCAGAGCUGGUGGAGAGCACCGGCGCCACUAUAUACCGAGGCUCUCUCUACUAUCAGAGACGUCGUAGCCGCACCCUCAUCCGCUACGACCUUGCCUCUGAGAGCACCGCGGCCCGCCGUGACCUUCCCCAUGCUGGCUUCCACGGCCAGUAUCCCUACUCUUGGGGAGGCUACACGGACAUCGACUUGUCCGUGGAUGAGCAGGGGCUGUGGGCCGUCUACUCCACCAGUAAAGCAAAGGGGGCCAUUGUGAUCUCGCAGCUGGAUCCAAACACCCUGGAGGUGAAGAAGAGCUGGGAGACCAACAUCAGGAAGACCUCCGUGGCCAACUCCUUCAUCAUCUGCGGAAGGAUGUACACCGUGUCAAGCUACGCUGCACCCAACGCCAUCAUCAACCACGUGUACGACACCGCAACCAGCGAGGGGAAGGCCGUGGCCAUCCCCUUCAGGAACAAGUACCACUACAACUCCAUGGUCGACUAUAACCUGGCUCAGAGGAAGCUGUUUGCCUGGGACAACUUCCACAUAGUGUCCUAUGACCUCAGGCUGGGUCACAAGCAGGCCAACUGAGGCCGCCUCCAGUGACUGUUGGAAAGUGGCAUCUGCUCACCUGUUCCCGCUUUAAAGACUCAGAGCUGUGGAGACAGACGUGCGUGGUGGUGGCAGUAGUUAGAAAGCUAACACCAUCAGUAUCCAAGUGGAGAAGAGCCUAACUACCAAAGUGGAAUGACGACGUUUGCGUAACAGUGUCCCCUGCAGGUCUGCUGUCUUUUUCUUUUUUUCUCAGUGGGAGGACUUUAGCUGUGGCACGGCCCACAAAUUGUUUUUAGAGGAAUUAUUUUUGUACCGCCUUGAAGUCAGAUGUAUUAUUUUCUUGUUUUACGUUAAUCUAUGCAAGUAUACAUUGGGUUUGAAGUCUAAAAGGAUGAAGUAUAGUUCAAUAUCACUGGCUAAGUUGGAUAAUUCACGCAUACAAUUUACAACUCAAGCUCUUGUGGUACUCCACAGUGUUGGUGACUGUUUCGCCAGGCGACAUGUUUUAUUAAACAAAGUGCUCUCUAACUCAGCAUGAAUAGACUGUUGCAUGUACUCAUCAUUUGCUGAUGUUUAAAUCAUUAAAUAAUUAUGCAAUAAACUUCUUAAAUUACAA